GUAAACACUAAUUGGUCACUUGUAGUGUAUCCUUCGAGAGAACACGUUUUGUAGAUAGGGUAAUAUGUCUUUCUGCAACGCUUUUGUGUUCUGUAUAGUAUGUUCUAUAUUACUCAUGGUAGAAGCUCACGGACCUCCAAAGGAGAGAGACAACGAAGACAUUGCGAUGGGGCGGAAGGUAAAAAAAGAUAAGACCCGGCCACGCCGCUUUAUGGGAGCUAAGUGGUGCAGUAUGGCGAAGGUCUGCAACCACGACCGCGUGCCUAUCUGCGGUUUAAGCCACGCUGGAGACAUCAUGGGGUUCAGGGAUCUCUGUGAUAUGUUUGACUACAACUGCAUCAGGAGGAGAAAUUAUAAGCAGACGCCAUGUCCCGAUGACCGCACGCAGCUGACCGUCUCCCGGCGACCCACCAACAGCUAUUACGAUGAUUAAACUAAUUCAUUAAAUACCCAAUCCCUUUGAAUAUUCCAAUGUUAUUAUUAAACAAUAUUUAGACAAUUUAUUCCUUAGGUUAAUAAAUGUGUAC